AAAAUAUGAAUGAUUAUAUUCUGUCAUCUUAAAGUGAUGAGCUAAGCUUAAAAAUUAUAAAUACCCCGCAUUCAGUAUUAGCUGCAUUUACAUUUUGAUUGAAGAAGAAUAAGGUCGCACGCUGUUUCUUUAAAUCCUCAAAAGUAUAUUUUCUAAAUACCUAGCCUACUUACUUAUCAGUUUCUGACUAGGUUAUCAUUAGCUGCAGUGCUUAGACAUGGCUGAAAAAUACAGAGAAGAUGAAUUACACAUCCGGGAAGCAAAGAAAGAGGAUAUGACUGCUGUCGCUGAGAUGAUCCAAGAACUUGCUGAUUUCGAAAAAAUGUCUGAUGGACCUAAAAUGUCAGUCUCUGAUCUGGAACGUGAUGGUUUUGAGAGACAGCCACCUGCGUUCUACUGUAAGAUAGCGGAGGUGAAGCGUCCCGGCGCUGAGGCUGUGGCAGGUUAUGCACUAUACUUCCCUACAUACUCCACAUGGGAGGGACGUUCCAUGAUGCUUGAAGAUUUAUAUGUACGCUCUAGUCAGAGACGCUUGGGAGUUGGCAAGAGGUUGUUCGAAGCAGUAGCUAAAGAAGCAUCAACUGGAGGAUGUAGCCGCCUUGAUUUCCAUGUCCUGGAGUGGAACCCGGCGCGCUCCUUCUAUGAGCACAAGGGUGCGGUCAACCUGACCAACAAGGAGCAGUGGUGUUACUACAGGCUGGCUGGAGAGGCUCUGAAGAAAUUUUCCUAAGAGUGUAUGAGCUAACAAGGCAGAAAGAAAACACAGUGUUGUGCACUCACUUAUAUGUAUUUUGUAAUAUAUUAUACAACAGACUCCUUUUUGUACACAUAUUUCUAAUUUAUAUUUAUUUCAAAGUUGAGAUGUGUUAAGGUAUAGAAACAUUUCGCCAAUUUUACUUAAUUCCAGUUGUUUUAAUAAAAAGCUUGUCCCAACCUAGUGUGACCAGGCUGGGAGAAACAUUGUCUCUAUAAGGCUUAACUUAGAUAUAACAUAAUUAUACCAAACACUCUGUGAUACAAUGUUUGUUGAACCAUAAAGAAUAAACAAUUUUAAUAUAAA